AUGUCGCAGUCCAAACCAGUGAUACCCCAGAAUGACAACGUCGCCCACGCCAUUGCCGGCGCGGGCGGCGGAGUGCUGUCCAUGGCUCUGACCUACCCGCUCAUCACGCUGUCCACGCGCGCGCAGGUCGAGUCGAAGCGGGCCGACACGGCGUUCCUGGCGGCGGUGCAGAAGAUUGUGGCGCGCGAGGGCGUGUCGGGGCUGUACGCCGGCCUGUCGAGCGCCCUGUUCGGCAUCAGCGUCACAAACUUUGUCUACUAUUACUGGUACGAGUGGACCCGCGCCUUCUUCGAGACCGCCGCCGUGCGCGCCGGCCGCGCCUCUAAGAAGCUGACCACGGUCGAGAGCAUGAUCGCCGGCGCCAUCGCCGGCUCCGCCACCGUCAUCCUGACCAACCCCAUCUGGGUCGUCAACACCCGCAUGACCACCCGCAAGACGGCCGCCCAGGAGGCCCAGGAGGCCCAGGAAGCCGACCCCGAGGCCGCCCAGCCCGCCGGCCGCAGCGGCACCCUCCCCGGCAAGCGCGCCGCCGCCCCGUCCACCAUCGGCACUCUGCUGAACCUACUCCGCACCGAGGGCCCCCAGGCCCUCUUCUCGGGCGUCGUGCCCGCCCUGGUGCUCGUCAUCAACCCUAUCCUGCAGUACACGCUGUUCGAGCAGAUGAAGGACACGGUCGAGAAGCGCCGCCGUAUCACCCCCACCGUCGCCUUCUUCCUCGGCGCCCUCGGCAAGCUGUUCGCCACCUCGGUCACGUACCCCUACAUCACCGUCAAGAGCCAGAUGCACGUCGCCGGCAGCGGUAAGAAGGAGGGCGUGUUUGCCGCCCUCAGCCGUGUCGUGCGGGAAGAGGGCUAUGCGGGGCUGUACAAGGGAAUCGGCCCUAAGGUUACGCAGAGCGUGCUGACGGCCGCGCUGCUGUUCGCCUUCAAGGACGUCCUCUACGAGCAGACCAUUCGGCUCAGGGGCACCGCCGCGGCCAAGAAAGCCCUCGCUGCGUAG